AUGGAAGGUCUUGAUAAAAAUGACAAUAGCAUUACACAAGUUUUUAGCGACUUCUUCAAGAGGAAAAGUAUAGAAGAACAAUGCACAGAAGAAUCUUUAAUGCGUUUACAUGAAGCUUUUUUGGCAUCAGAAAAUGAAGAAAUGAACAUUUUUCAAUUACACAAUGCUUUUGAAUAUAUACUACACAUUACAAUACCCGAUAAAGAAUUUGAAGUACUAUUUAAGAAGAUGAAUAGAAAAAGAGAUGGAAACAUCACAUGGAACGAAUUUAUUUCAUAUUUGUUAGUAGAAUUUCAAAAGAAAGAUACUGCUUUACAAUGGCAAAUAUUGAAGCUUCCAAUAACAGGCGCUCCUGAACUUAUAAAAUCACAUCAUCGUACACCUAUACAUAAAAUUGUAUUCUGUCCUGAAGUUUCCCCUGAUAGAACUACAAGUUUUCAGAAAGGAUGUUACUUAACAAUCACCAAAGAAGGAAUUAUAAAUUAUUGGUCAUUGGAUUUAGAAUAUGAACGUAGUGUACAAUCCACAAGUUCCUGUUUGAAAGUACAACAAACUUUGAUAACUGACAUGAUAGUAAUGCCUGAUGUGCAGAUAGUAUGCACAAGUUCCACUGAAUGUGAUUUAAGAUUUUACGACACUGUGGCUAAAAAAUUUGAUUUACGAGUGGUGAUAUCGAGCUUAGAAAAAGCAGUUACUUGCAUGAGUUAUAGCUUCAGUAAAAGUAUCAAGGAUGACUCGCACAUCGUACUUGGUGAUAUGAGUGGAUCUAUUAAACUUAUUUCUUUUAGCCCUGUGGAUAGAGGACCAUUUAAACAAGAACCCCAACGAGAUACAUUGUUCGUUCGUUACGAAUCUGUUCUAAAAGGUGAAAUAAAAGGACUAAAAGUCACAGAUUUUAAAACUGAGCAUACAGAUUGGGUAAAGCAAGUAGCUUACUAUGGAAGUGUUAAAGCUUUCAUGUCUUGCAGUAGAUGUUCCAUUUGUUCUCUGCUAUUUAGCGAUUUCACUGGGGCAAGAGUACAGUACAAAUUCAAAGUUAGCAUGGGAAUUACUUGUUUUACUUUUUGUGAAGAAAGUCAAACAUUAGUAACCGGUGGACCCGAUUGCAUAGUUAGGGUUUGGAACCCCUUUGUGACGAAACGUCCGAAUUGUACUUUUCAAGGACAUCAUGCAACUAUCUGUGGUUUAGUGAUUCAAAACAAUGGUAAACGUGUGUAUUCUCUCUCGAAUAGCAAAUGCAUCAAAGUUUGGGACGUAUUAUCUCAGUCUUGCAUUCAGACAUACAAUGGUCUUACAAACGAAUUAGGUGAACAUACAUUGAUGACCAUAGUCUAUAAUUCACUGAAUCAUAAGAUGAUCAUUGCUAGCGCAAUGAUCGCAGUGGUUGUUUGUGAUCCUGUUAUCAAUGAGGAAUUAUCCGAUGGUUACACUCAUACAAAACCAGUUAGCUGUGUCCUAUAUAAUCAUCUUUACAAAGUGGUUGUUUCCACCGGAUUAGAUUCCUGUAUAAUUGUUUGGGACCCAUGGCUUGGAAACCGUUUGUACUUAGUUACACACGCACACAGUCAAUUUUUGUAUGGUCAGCACAAUGAUGUUGAGAUCACAGCUGCUUGUUUCGAUGAGUCUGAACAAUUACUAGUAACUGGUGCUAGUGAUGGAACACUGAAAAUAUGGAAUUUCAACACGGGCACUUGUCUGAGAAACAUGGCAGUUGAGAAAAACUGCGAAAUAACAAGCCUAGCUUGGGUGGAAAAUCGAGUUUUAUCUAGUGGUUGGAAUCGUCAAGUUAUCGAAUUUGCAAUUUCUGAUACGAAUAUAUAUAAAAAAAGUUGGGGGGUAAGUCACACUGAUGACAUUCUUUGCUCAACUGUAUGGUAUCCUCAAGUCCUCGCAACAGCAACUUACAAUGGAGAAAUAAUACUCUGGAGGCUGGAAACAGGCCAACCAUACCGAAAGUAUAAAGUACAGGACCCAAUGUCGAGGUUCAAUGUAAAGCACGAGAAACAUGAAAGCAACGUUAAAUCGUAUACUUAUAACGAAGUUACAAGAGGACAAAAUGUUAGGAACAUAAAGCAACAGAUAGCUUGUAAACACCAGGAAUCAGUGUUAAAUAUUAUGCGAACCGUUGCCGUUCGAGCCAUGAUAUUUUUAAGCGCACGACCAACUAAGCCCAAUGUUGGGACAUUAUUAGUGUCUCUUGAUUCUGGUUUGAUACAAGUCUGGAGUCACCACCCAGGUGGUGGAUUUCUAGAAGCUUUUUCAGUUAUUCAUAGUGUGGGUGACUGUGCACUAUCAUUAGCAACUGAUCCUAAGAAUCAUUUCCUUGUAACAGUUUCGAAUGGUUUAGGGCAUAACAAAGGAUACAUCAAGGUUUGGCAUAUCGUCAACUACUUGAUACCAAAUUCUCAUAAGGUGUGCAUGCCUCUCCUACGAUUAGAGUUUCCAUUCCUAUGGAAAGACAGAAUCGAUGGCAGAGCAAAAAGAGCAGUCAGGGAUCAGCCUCAACCACUUUUGCUCACCUCUGUACAUGGCCACUUAAAACCUGUUAAAUCUGUGCAAAUAAUUCCUAAUGCACGUAUUAUUGUUAGUGGCAGCACAGAUUGCACGGUACGCAUAUGGACACUGGGGGGACGUUACAUAUCAACCUUGGGAACCUUCAAACCAUGGUCAGCAAUUUUACCCACGAUUCCGGCAUACCAGUAUUUCAGUGACUACAGAUUUCCACCGGAUAUUACAAGAUUUGCAAGUUUUACUACCUUGAAAGUAAUUACAUAUCUUAAAACUCUGCGUCGUAAAACAUUGUGUGGCCAUACUGAACAAGUGGAUUACAUACCAACCGAAAACUUUAAUGUGAAUCUUAAAUAUUACCUUGUACUAAUAAGCAAACACGAAUAGCUUCUAGAAGGAGGUG